AUGACCGGGAACAAGUGCAUCAAUCAACUUGGUGGGGUUUUUCUAAAUGGCAGGCCUCUACCCACUUGUAAGCGGAGGAAAAUUAUCGAGCUGGCUUUGGAGGGCGCAAGGCCAUGUGAAAUCUCCCGGAUUUUACAGGUCUCCAACGGUUGUGUCAGCAAGAUACUGGGGAGGUACCAAAGGACAGGACUUGUGUGCCCGAAGGCCAUUGGAGGCAGUAAACCUCGUCUCCUCACGCCUGAAGUGAUCGCCAAAAUCAGCCGAUACAAGCGCGAAAGGCCAACCAUUUUUGCCUGGGAAAUCCAGACUAAGCUUAUGGCUGAAAGAGUCUGCAAACCGGACACCGUGCCGAGUGUGUCGUCAGUCAACAGAAUAUUAAGGAGCCUUCAACAGGAUUUGGGAUUCUUUGGAAUGGAGAACUGUUUAGCGCAUCCACAUGCAGACGAGGGGAAAGGCGGGAGUACCGCCCCCGCCGUUAACAAGAGACCGGGAUAA